GACCUUUCCGUUAAUGUUGAGUUUAAAAACACUUAUUUUAUAAAUACAAUUUUAAGUUCUUAGCAAAUGGAACGACAAUGGCAACACGACUGCGAUUCUUAACUGUCAAAUCGAAAACAAAUCGCAAAAGUCACAAUAUGUAUAGAAUGGAUGGAAUUUGGAAAUUACAUUAAUUAUUAAACAAACGCAAAAUACUAAAUAGAAACUAUAAUGAUCCACAAACUAAUUGACACGAGUGACGACAUUAGAUAAAAAGGAAGAUAAAGUUUUAGUGGCGCAAAUACUCACGAUAUCGACCAAAGCUGAACCAAUAACACAGGCGAUGUAUUGUUGUUUACCAUGAAAAGAAUGCGAUCGACUGUUUAAUUAUUUCAGAUUCCUUUGACUGAAUAAAUAUAUCGGAGUAAUGGGGUGCCUACAUAGUAAAAAACAGGUUAUCGAUUUACAUCCGAAUGUUUUUCGUGUGCUAAAUAUCGAUGAAAAUGGAGUAGAAAUCUGCACGGGUCAACUAGAGAUUACAGAGUCGGAUAUUGUUUUGUAUAGAGAAGGAAGAGAUACUACUGUGUGGCCUCUACACUCUUUACGACGAUACGGCUUUGAAGCAGAAGUAUUUAGUUUUGAAUCAGGUAGAAGAUGUGAGACGGGAGAAGGAAUUUAUGCAUUCAGAUGCAGAAGGGCUUCUUCACUAUUUCGUACUUUACAACAACAAAUACAAUUAAGAAAUGUUAUUCAUGAUUCGGUGCCAUAUCCUGUAUCUCGAUUAACACCAUCCCCUCAAGGACGUCAAACAUUACAGGCCUCUGUAGUUCAUCGUUCCUCCAUUGAUAAUGGACAAGUAGAUGUUGCAGGAGCAGCUCGCAACAGCAAUCUUUCCAAUGUCGCUUCACACAACACUGUUAUGAGAAAUGCCACCCAGUCACCUCGGUCACCAUCAAGUGCUGACAUUUUAGAAGUGAUGCCAUUAAAUCCUCGUCCUCAAGCAGCCAAUAGUCAAGUUACUAAUGUGUAUCAAGUAAGGGAUUUUAAAAGGGAACAUAAUAAUAAUCAAGAUGCGGCUACAUCAACAGACACUCGGCAUGUGUAUAGUAAUGAUAUAAGUAGAGAUUUAGCCGUUCUUAGGAACACUUUGCGACAAGAAACUGCUUUGAGUACUAUGAAAGAUAUUGAAGAUGAAACAAGAUACUUGGAAAGUCGCUAUAUUAAUGAAAAUGUUUCUAAAAAUUCAGUAAAUAAAGCACUGUCACCAACUUUAAGUAGUAACAGUGAACAUUAUGCACAGCUCAGUAUAGAACAACAGGAAGCAACAAGAUUGUAUGUUAAUGUUGCCCCGGCUGAUCCAAAUCUACCUGAAACUGAGAAAAAUGACCCUAUUCCCACAACACCACUCACACCCAAACAAGUUGAAUAUUGUAACUUAACUAUUAACAACAAGCAGGAAAUUAAUAGUUAUGCAAACUUGUUAUUGGGGGAAAUAGCUGAGAACUCCAAAAACCUCAAAUCAAGUCUCCAUUUCAAUAUUCCAGAUCCGAAUCAAAAGUUUUCUGAAUCUGAUACUUUCACUUCAAUGUCACCAGUGGAAGAACUCGAAGUUAACUAUGCUAUUCUGGAUAUAGAUACUAGCAAAGAUUAUUCAAAAGCGGCAAGAGAAUUAGUUUCACCAGAAAGUCAAUCUUAUGCAAGUUCAAAAAAUGAAAGCACCACAUCGCAUUCAUCACAAACUCGUGGGCGUUUGGUGUCGCAGAAUAGCUUUGACAAGACAACUACGACAAACACUUUGUCAACCGUUACUCCUUUGAAUAUUGGAUAUACUACAAUUGAUUUUGAUAAAACAGUUGCAUUGACAUCUGUUGCUUCGGGUGAUGUUAUCGACUGCUCAAGAAAAACACGACACAAUUCAUGCAGCAUUGCUUGUGGCAGCCCUGGCCUCAUUGACAAAACUCAUAAAUAGAAUUUUACAAAAAUGUUAAAAAAUAGGUUCUAUUUAUGGUACCUAAUAGAAAUAUCUGCCAAAUAUGUUAAUUUUGUUAAGUAUAAAAACAAUUUUUUUUAACCUAUAGAACGACAAGGCUAUCUAAACCAAAUCUUGAUCAUAUUAGUGCUCCCCUGCCAAUGUCAUAUUAAGAUAAAUAUUUCUGAUAGAACCUAUUGCGAUAACGCCUCUCACUGGUUCAGAUAUCCUUGUUUGACCAUAAUUAGACUAUAAGCACAAUUGUAACGGUCAAAUAUGCAUUCAGAUAAUAAACAACAAAUUAGUAGUAUGACAAAAACUGAUUGCCAAGUACAACUUAAAUUAUAAGCAUUGUGGCAAACUGCAGUGAUAAUCUGCAAGCCUUCCAAUAUUUAAUCAUAAAGUGGAUUUAAUUUGUUAUUCUACCAGAUAAAUGUCGGCUAGUAACAUGGCUUAAAAAAGUGAACAUAUCUUUAGUCAUAUAUUCUAAAUUUGUCUUAAAUUUAAUAUGACUAAAUUUAUUGCUUUAUGUAAUUAUUAUGAAUGUUAUAAAAGC